AUGAACUCGUCAAUGUUUGAUGGCUUAAAAGAUGAAACUGUCUGGAUUUCGGACUUCAUCCUCACUUCAACGAAGCACAACAGCACUCACUGGGAUUUAGUUUCUUAUUUAUUUGGAGUAAACGAUUCAUAUGGAUCGAUUGCUUUAUAUGUCGUUUAUGGUUUGAGUAUCAUCAUCAACUCGUCCUUACUUUACUCCAUACAUCGUCAACCAUAUCGUAAACGUAGUAUGAAAGUCAAAUUACUUGUAGCCACCUUGUUAACAACAUUAUUAGUUUGGUCAUUCCUCUUUACAGCUAUUCUUACCUAUUUACAAAUCUUUGACCCAAAUUCGACUAUCGAUGCAAAACAUUCGGAAGUGCGAAUCGAAUUCACAAUUACCAAGGACUGGCCAUUGAUUGAAGGAUUAUGGACGUUGUUGCUUCAUCAGAUGAUCAACAACCUUCUAUCGGUCAUAUCCCUCCUUCUACUAACUAUAGCAUUCGAUCGAUACCUUAACCUCUUUCAUAACUAUUCACCAUUCAUCGAUAACAUUUUUGUGAAAAUAUGUUUGGUGGUCUUUCCAUUCAUUCUCACAUGGACUGUACUCGAUUACAACACGAUUACCUUCGUUCUCACUCCAGAAAUUGCUUUAUUCUGCAGGCUAUUUUUACUGCUCUGCCCAUCGUUCCUUAACUUCCUAUUCAGUCUAAUCAGUUGUAUUCGUCCAUUAUGUGCAGCUUCAACGGCUGUGUUCGAAUCUCGAAUGACGUCAUCACUUAGCAGGGGAUUACCUCUUCUGGUAUUGUUCCAGUCUUGUCUUGAUAUAUUCUCAAGAACAUCUCUAUUUGUGUUAUUGUUAGAAACGAAUUUCGAGUUCGUCAUUGUAACCGGUAGCCAGUCGGGAGAUCAGGUGUUAUCCGAAGUAUUGGAAUGGUCACAAUGGAGUUCAUUUUGGUUGAUUCAUACAAUGCCAUUGUAUUUCCCAUUGCUAUUGUUACUAUUUGUAAGACAUUAUAGAAUAUUGUUAUCUAACUGGUUAGGCAGAAUCUGGUCUGUUCUAUGUUGUUCUCGUGAUGAUUAUGUGGAUUAUAACACGGAAACAAUGAGAACCAUCAUGGCUCAACGACAGAAAUAUAAUCAUAUGAUGUCUUCAAUUCAUUAA